AUGAGAACAGAUCCUCGCCGGAAGAGCACAGGCAACGGAGCCUUCCUGAUCUCUAGUAGUCGGUCUCAGUCGACAGCAAAGAUGGACCGGGUACUUCCUCCACGACCUCGCAACCCAGCCUUGUACCGACUAUACAAGUUUCGGACCAUCCUGCUGCCGAUUCUUCUUGCCUUGGAUUUCAGCACAUUGAUCCUGGCUGCCAUUUACGCCUAUUGUGUAGCGAAGCCCUACACGAACGUCGUGGCCGGAGCCAACUCUUCCAUCUUUGGCAAACGAGAGACAGCACCCUACGCCUCGAGCACCGCGCCCUCAACGGGCAACACUUCAAUCUAUGCAGCGGAAACACAACCCGAAACCGCGCUUUUGUUCUAUGCUCUUACCGCCGGAGGUCUUUCUCUGACCCACCUCGUUCUGGAGCUCACCAUGCACCACAACACCCCUAGGUUACUCUCCCUUCGCAAGGCCUACAUCAUCUUGCUUGCCACUUCCUCCCUUCUCAUCUGUGGCUGGAUCACAUCCCUCUCCUUCUGGAUGCACUGCGAACUACCUAUCUUCAACCAAAAUAUAUCCGGCCAGGCCGUGUGUCCCGUGCAAGUCCGGGGCCAUUUUAUGUAUGGCAUUCACGAAGUGAGCAUUGCAAGAAUCGUGGUGGGUUGGGUUGUCGUCAUGAUGUACGUGGCCCAUGUGGUAUUGAUGGUGAUGGGUUGGCGGGCGCAGAGGAGAAUUUGGAGGAUCAUUGGUCCUCAAAAGGGUGACGGUGAUGUCGAAAUGACACAUGGGGAGGCAAGGGUUGUUGUGGUCAGAUUCGGCGAGGAUGUGAAAGAGGCCGAUGAAGGGUCGGGGAAAGAGACGACAGUGGUAUAA